AGUGCGAGCAAGAGCCAGUAUGCAGGAUAUUCAUUAUUACAGUGCGUCUUGAAGAUCCAAGCCAACAAGAACUACCGUCGCAUGAAUUUCGCCAAAACUCUGCAGUAUACAGUACUUUCGCGCCGUAGCGCCAGAAAAGAAUGGUUUUCCCAGCCCUGGUCGAUUGGUUCUCGAGGCCCUCAGGCAACACGGGCUGCACCACCUGUGGGCUCUUCCGAACAACCAAUGGCACGGAGAUCCCGGUGCCGCUCAAGCGCCGCGACGUGUCUGCAACCGUCUACGCCGAUGCUUCCUUUGCCGAUACCACGGAGAAUCUCCGCUACAAGAGCGAUGCGGAGUGCUCAGCAGUCUUCCGUUUCCCGUUGCCGCCGUGUGCAGCCGUGUACAGGUUCCGCGCCGUGUUUGGAGACCGCGAGGUGGUGACCAAGGUCAAGCCCCGCGCCGCCGCACGCGAAGAGUACGACUUUGCCGUGUCGCAGGGCCACUCGGCCGUGCACAUGUCCCAGCACGAGGCGGGUGCGUCCGUGUUUGAGGUGUCGCUUGGCAACCUGGCGGCGCACACCGAGGUGACGGUGGAGUUCAGCUACCUCCGGCUGCUUGACGCGUUCGGCGGCACGCUGGAGUGGAGCCACACCGCCACGUGGGUGCCGCCUUACGUGGGCUCAGCGGGCGACGUGGCGACCGGCGUGGACAAGGUGGCGGCGGCGCUGCCCACCUUUGCGCCCAAGGUGACCUACGUCCUCUCCUACGAGGUCACGGUGCGGGCGGAGGCGGGCACGGUGCGUGCCAUUGAGUCGCCCGAGCCUGUGACCGUGGAGCGUCCGAUGCCAGGCAUCAAACGCGGCGAGGAGGAGCUCUGGUACGUGCGUCUGUCGGAGCAGGUCGCCGACCCCUCCAAGGACCUCUCACUGGCGAUUGAGGUGGAUCCCAAGGCCGCGCGCCGCAGCGGCCUGCGUGUGCAGCGCACGCCCGCCUCCCGCGGCGGCGAGCAGCGCACUGUUGCGCUGGCCACAUUUGUGCCACCGCUGCCCAGCCCGACCGCCGCCGGCACCGACGGCAAGCAGCAGCAGCUGCGCAAGGAGAUCUGGUUCGUUGUGGACUGCUCGGGAUCCAUGGACGGCUCUCCCAUCAACCAGGCCCGCGAGGCCGCGCUGUUCUUCGUUCGUGACCUGCCCGUGGACAGCGGCGUGCGCUUCAACAUGACCGUGUUUGGAUCCAGCCACAAGUCCCUGUACGACAGCUGCAAGCCAUACGACAGCAAGACCGAGAAGGAGGCGGUUACUUGGAUCCAGAGCAAUGUGCACGCCGACAUGGGCGGCACCGAGAUUCGACAGACUCUGGAGAGCAUCUAUUACACCCCCAUCGCGGCCGGCUACACGCGUGAGGUCAUCUUCCUCACCGACGGCGGCAUCAGCGGCCACGAGGAGGAGUGGAUGAUCAAGACCAUGGUGUCGCGCCGCCGCGACGCCGCGUCGCCCCUGCCCCAGGGCGGCGGCCGCGACUCCUUCGCCCGCUUUGGCCCCUUGGCCCACUUCGACUCCUUCGGCCCCUUCGCCCACUUCGGCCCCUUCGCCAAGUUCUGGAACGCCCACCCGCCCGCGCCCGGAACCACGGCAGAGCAGCAGCUGCAGCAACUAGAGGCCGCCCUUCAAGCCAAGGUCGCCGUGUUCAUGGAGUACGACCAGCACCCGCCGCAUCGGCUGCAGUGCGAGCUGCAGACCGUGGCGCGCGCGCUGCGCGCACAGCGCGCGGCCAAGGCUGCGCGCAGCACGCACGUGCUGUGCAUGGGCAUCGGCCACGGCGUGCAUCGCGGCCUUCUGGACGGCAUGGCGUCGGCGUCGGACGGUGCGGCCGUAUACGUGGUGGAGGACGAGGGCAUUGUGGCCAAGGCCGCCUUCCUCAAGCAGAUCGCCAUUGGCCGUCACGGGCUGGUGAACGUGCGUGUGCGUGCCAGCAGCGCGCUGGUCAAGAUGGCUCCGCACGUGCUGCCUCAGCGCGUGUUUGCCGGCGAGCCCCUGCACGUGCUGAUGGAGGUGGUUAGCUCCGAGCCUGACGCGGCGCUGGAGCUGACCGCGGACUGGGCCGAGCUACCGGAGGCGGAGGCGGCUGGUGGCGCAGGCGCGGACGCGGACACGGCGGCAGUGGCAGCUGCGGCUGCGGCGGCUGGUGGCAAGGGCGACGAGAGUAGCAAGGAGAGCGCCGCCAGCAAGGCUGGUGAGGGCGCUGCAGAGCAGGCGGUGGCUGCGGGUGUGGCAACGGCUGUGCCUGCAGCUGUGCCUGCACAGCUACUGGUGUCGCUGCCUCUGGGCGCUGCCCUGUUGCCUAGCCCUGACGGCAAGCCCACUGUCCAGGAGGGCGAGGCGCUUCCUGUGCUGCACGCCAUGGCCUACAUCGGCAGCCUCAUGGCCGGCACUAGCCCGCUGCACGUGCGGUCUGACGGCACGCCCCUGGCCGCCCCGCCGUCCGCUGACACGGUCAAGGAGGCGGUGGUGCGGCUGGCGGUGGCCGAGCACCUGGUCACGCCGCACACCAGCGCCGUGGGCGUGUCGCUUCGCAAGAACCUUGCAGACCCCGAGGCCGCCGCCAACGUCGUGGAGGUGCCGCUGCAGCUGCCACACGGCCGCUGCCGGCAGAUGCUGAGCACGCACAAGCCCCCGGCGCAGAGCCCCGCGUUCAGCACGCAGCGGACCAAUAUUCCCGGAUUCUCCUUCGCCUCCCCUAGCACCGCGCCAACCGCGCCCUUCCCUCCUGCCACGGGAUGUCGCAGUGGAUUCUUCGGCGGCGGCAGUUUAGCCACCUGCAUAGCGGCGCCCUUCGGCGCCAAUGCGGCACCCGCCUUCUGCAACUUUGGUGCGAACCCGACACCUUCCUUUGGCGCCAAUGCGGCCACUUUCGGCGCCACUGCGGCGCCAGCUUUCGGUAACGGCGCAGGACCCUUUUCGCCCACUUCGCCGUCCAACUCUGCAGACAGCACGCCGCGCGCGCCGCCGCCCGGCUUUAACCGCAUCAGCAGCAACGGAAACGGUCACGGAAUCGGCACGAACAGUCACGGCGGCUUCCGCUUUGCCGCCGAUGCGGCUCCCGCACCCUCGACCAGCAGCGUCCCGUUCGGCAGCCCGCCGGUGCCGCCCACUGCGGCUGGUAGCCGCUUCUUUGGUGCACCGGCCCAGAGCGCAGCACCCACCACGGCAGCGGCGGCGGGCGCUGCGGCGAGCAACGUGCCGGAGCUGCUGUCGCGUCUCAACCUGCAGCGCACCACUGAGGGCUACUGGGUCGCUAGCAUGGAGCUCGCGACCCUCUUGGGCCAGACGGCUGAAAGCCUGGCGGCGCUGCACCCGCGCCGUCCUGCCGGCCUGACCGACGACGCCUGGGCGACUGUGAUCGUGCUGGGUGUGCUGCGGCGCUGCCUGGCGGCUCAGCGGGAGGUGUGGGCGGACAUGGAGGCCAAGGCGCUGGCAUGGCUGGCGGCGGCAUGGCCGGAGGGCGGCCGCAGCGUGGGAAGCACCGUCAUGGCGCUGGCAAAGGCGCUGACGGUGCUUCCCAAGGUGUGAGAGAAAGGGGCAAGCAAGUUAAGGAGAACGUGCGUGUGAAGAAACUGCGUUGUUGGUUGAUCAAGGGAAGGACGCUAGGAUUACAGAAGCUUCAGGUGGUACUAUGGCUGGUACUUCCGUGCAGACAUACAGUUAGUUGGCAAUUUGGCGUGCGUGUCUUUUUGCUGUGUACUUACGCGAAGCUAGAUGGCCCGUUAUUGGGCUUGUAGGUUGCAGGAGCGUAGCUGUUGUGUGGCUUUGGUGCAAAUGGCGGGCAGUACAGGCUUUUACUUGCGGUGCGCACCGCGACGUAAUAUGUUACCAUAUGUGUGCGGAGAAGGGACUGUAGGGUAGGCUACAGGCCGUAAUUAACAGCAGUCUGCAAAGACGACUGCGCCGACGCGCCAUGCUCUUCAUGACAGGUGGUGCGCAAGCCGUAAGGGGCGCUAUCUAGCUAGGUAGCUCAUUUUGAUGUCGAUGCUUUGUUGGUUGAACCAUAGCUGGCUGAGAGCUCGGAUCCUGUACUGAUGUGACACACACUAGGCGGGAAACCCCUUGGAAACGGCUGUCAGUGACCAUUGAGGGCCCACAGUGCAGUAUGCACAGCUUUCAAGAUGUGAUUGUCAAAGGGGACAUCCGGCCUCUCAGUUGACCCGGCUA